CAGCUUUGGAAUGAGUAAAACUUCUUAGGAGUUAUAAAAGGUCGGCUGCCCUGUCUGGCAGGUGCUCUGCUGACAGCAGCUCUCCUCCAAUAGCUCAACUCCUCACACGGACCCAAGGAGAAAAGAACAGUAACCAAGGAAAAUCUGUCCAAAAUGCCACAAAAUGUUAUUCUUCAAGGACCAUCGCCCUGGGGAUUCAGGCUCUCGGGAGGAAUAGAUUUUAACCAACCCUUAAUCAUAACCAGGAUUACACCUGGAAGCAAGGCUUCAGCCGCCAACCUGUGUCCUGGUGAUGUUAUUGUAGCUAUUGAUGGUCUAGGCACAGAGAACAUGACACAUAAUGAUGCCCAGGAGAGAAUUAAAGCAGCUACACAUCAGCUUUGUUUGAAAAUAGAGAGGGCAGGAACUAAAUUAUGGUCCCCACAAGUUUCAGAAGAUGGCAGAGCACAUCCCUUCAAGAUAAAUUUGGAAGCUGAACCUCAGGAUAUCAACUACUUUGAACACAAGCAUAAUAUUCGGCCCAAACCUUUCAUAAUCUCAGGCCGAAGCAGCGGAUGCAGCACUCCUUCGGGGCUGGACUGUGGCAGUGGACGCAGUACCCCCUCUUCAAUUAGCACGGUCAGCUCGAUCUGCCCCACCGAGCUGAAAGCAGUGUCUAAGAUGGCCCCUAAUGUUCCCCUGGAAAUGGAGCUUCCUGGUGUCAAGAUCGUACACGCUCAGUUUAACACACCUAUGCAGUUGUACUCAGAUGACAAUAUCAUGGAAACGCUGCAAGGCCAAGUUUCUACAGCUCUGGGGGAAACACCUGUCAUAAGUGACCCAUCUCCCAACUCAAUGUCUCAGUCUGACGUGUACAAGAUGCUGCACGCCAACCAGGAGGAGCCCAGUCAGCCGCGCCAGUCUGGGUCCUUUAAGGUGCUCCAGAAUUUAGUCUCCGAGGAAGAUGGGCGUCCUGUGGGAACAAGAAGUGUGAAAGCACCUGUAACAAAGAUACCUACUGCCAUGCCUGGUGUCCAGAAAGUGCCACUGUGUGACAAAUGUGGGAGUGGGAUUCUAGGGGCAGUGGUGAAGGCACGUGAUAAAUACCGGCAUCCAGAAUGCUUCGUGUGCUCUGACUGUGAUCUCAACCUAAAACAAAAAGGCUAUUUCUUCGUCGAGGGCCAGCUGUACUGUGAAGCUCACGCACGCGCCCGCAUGAGACCACCAGAGGGAUACGAAACAGUGACGGUUUACCCAAAAUGCUAGUCUUAGGUUAACAUACAAACAUAUGCAUGCACACAAAAAGCCUUUACCAGCUUAGAACUGCAAUAUGAGUGUCAGGACUUCUGCCUAAAUCCAAAGUAACAGCUUUUAAACCUUUCCCUGUGGGAUUCUGAGAGAGGUGGAAGUCCUUAUUAGCCAGCAAUAGCAUAUUAUACCAGCAAAAUUCUGCUAGAAUAUUGUUUUUGAAACUGUCAAAAUAACUCAAGGAAGUAUAAACUAAAACAGUUCUCCUGGAAUACAAAAAGUGAGACAUCUGAAGUAUUACAUGAACGCUACAGCAUUAUGUACGCGUGUAUAUAUAUAUAUAUAUGUGUGUGUGUGUAUAUAUAUAUAUAUAAAAUAUACAUCAGUGCUGUAAGCAAGACAUUAUUUUUAAAAUAAAUUAAGUAUUUGUGCAAACACCAGCACCAUCAAAGUCUUACAGGCUGGGCCACUAUAAAUGUAGAAACUUGACAGAUCAUUAGAAAAGCAGCUAUUUUACAUGUUUAGUACAAAACAAGCAGUUGUUCAUGUCUAAGAUUCAACUAGCAUUAAUGUACACCCCAAACAUGUUUUGCUUACUUUGCUCUGAAUUUGGGGUUACAUUGCCUUAAUCUUCUGAUGCAGCAACUGUGAUAAAAAAUAUAUGUCAAGUCACACAAUAAAAUGGUUAGUAUAAUAAAGACUGGUUAGUAUGAAGCAAACCAAAAGUUCUACAUUGUCUUAAUGAUUUUGAAAUUAUAUCAACUUUCACAUCAGUUUGCAGAAAAUUUUUCUGAGACAUGCACACACAUAAAUGGAUUUUUUUUUUUUUUUUGAAAAAGAACCUCACACUCUAAUAGGAAUUCAUUGUGAAUUGAGAAUAAAGGCAAAUUUUAAAACUUUUCUGCAGAAAAUGAUAUUGGAUUUUUGUAUCUCCAUCUUGCAAUUUCUGUAAUAGAAACAAUAUGGAAAUAUUAACACAGUAUCUUUAUUGCUGAUAAAUUAAAGUUUGGACUACUUUAAAAAUAAAUGUUAAUUAAAAUAUUAAAAAAAUAUUUAAAAAUAUGCAAAAAUUAAAGUAUUUUAUCAAAGAGCCUGAUGAAGUCCUAAGGAAUAAAAAAACAAGCAGAAAGAACAUGCGUUCGUAAUCAAUUCUGAAACUUGUCAAGAGUCACCUUGCUUUCUGGUAGGUGCCAGCCACAUAGACCCACCUAAUGGGCAAACCGUACUUAGCUCUUUUAGAAAAUAUCAAAACAAGUCAUAAAUUCUUUAAUGGGGUAUUUUCAACCUGCUCUAAAGUGGAAAAAUGAACAAAAUUUUAUAUCAAAUCCACACGACUAGAAAAAAAAUAACAAUCCAGGGACACACAAUCUUAUGUACUUUUCCCAUUCCAUAAUGUAAGAAGCCGACAGUGCAAGUAGAAUAUAGAAUCAAAAUAAAUUACACAUACUUUAAAUUUAUUUUAGAAAUUCACAAGUCCCAAAGACUUAAAUUCAAUGUCCACAUAUUCAAAGACUUUUCAAAAUGUCUUAAAGUAUUAUUUCAGAACUCAAAAGUUUUAAAAAUGCGUGUGUCACUGCAUUUAUUACUUUCAUUUCCAUAUCAAAAGCAGAGGGUUUUUUUAAAAAGCCAAAAGUGUUACACCCUUUUCAAGGUUAGUUCCUGAAUUAUUUUUGGGCACAAAACAUAAUUCUGCUCCUCAGGUAUCAUGGAGGAAAUGUGUAGUAUUAAUAUUUUUCCAUUGAUAAAGCCCAUAAAUCUGAAAAUUCUUUUGAAAAUAAAGGUGUGCAUAAUGUCUAUUUUUACAAACUGAAAAUGUCAUUGGUGUUUUAAAAUGUUUGUUUAAUGUUCAUGUCUUCGUGGAGUAACUAAAAGUAAAAAUAAAUCUACUACAUAUGAUAAAUAA